CUUACAUCACUUAGGUAAUCAUAAAACAGGAUCUACUUCUCUAAAAUGAACAAUUCACUUUAUUUUAAUUGUUUGUUAAUUAAUCAUUGAAACAAUUAACUUCAUGUACGGGUUUAAGUACUAGUAUUUAAUGAUCAUAAUUACGUCAUUGGUUGUGCCUAACUAUGUGUUGUUAGUUGUGUGCCCUUUGUAAAUCCCACUGGUGAGUCAACUAAGGGAAACUCAAACUCACACGGUAACCUACCAAUCCACCAUCAUACAAAUCCAAGCAAAGUAACUAACUACACUCAAGCAUCUUUUAUCAUACUAAAGACAGGUCUCAGAUCCUCUCUUACUCUCACACACUCACAUCAGAGAAAGAUGUCAUCAAAAACGGCGUCGUCUUCUUCAAGCGUUGAUCCAUUGAAGAAAAAGAAAGAGUGUUUGGGUUGGAUAGAAUGGUUUAGAGGAUGGUUCCAUUUAAUCUACGAUUUUCUAUUUCAACGAAUCAUGGCGCGUCACUUGGAUAACCCUAUACCAUUACCACCAAUCAAUGAUCUCACUUGUAUUGUUACUGGUUCCACUAGCGGCAUUGGUCUUGAAAUUGCUAGGCAAUUGGCACAAUCAGGGGCUCAUGUUGUUAUGGCCGUGAGGAACGCGAAGGUUGCUACUGAGUUAAUCCAGAAGUGGCAGAUUGAAUCUGCUGGAUUGGGUAUUGCACUCAAUGUUGAGGUGAUGGUGGUGGAUCUUCUCUCAUUGGAUUCGGUUGCUAGGUUUGCUGAAGCGUGGAAUGCCCGCGCAGCACCCUUGCAUGUUCUCAUUAAUAAUGCUGGUAUUUUCUCCAUUGGAGAGCCGCAAAAGUUUUCAAAAGACGGUUACGAAGAACACAUGCAAGUGAAUCAUCUUGCUUCUGCUAUGCUUUCAAUACUUCUUUUACCAUCCCUUAUUAGGGGCUCUCCUAGCCGAAUUGUGAACUUGAAUUCGAUGAUGCAUCAUCUUGGCUUUGUUGAUCCUGAAGACAUGAAUGCCACAUCAGGAAAAAGAAAAUUUUCUAGUUUGUUGGGAUAUUCAAACAGCAAGUUGGCACAGGUUAUGUUCAGUAGUGUUCUUUUUAAGCGACUAAACGCUGAAGCUGGCAUCAGCGUAUUGUGUGUAUCUCCUGGAAUUGUCCAGACCAAUGUUGCAAGGGAUCUUCCAAAAUUUGUUCAAACUGGAUAUCAUUUGAUACCUUACUUCCUCUUUAAUGCUCAAGAAGGUUCUAGGAGUGCACUUUUUGCCGCCACUGAUCCUCAAAUUACCGAGUAUUGUGAAUUGUUGAAAUCAGAUGAAUGGCCUGUUUGUCCCUAUAUUUCUCUCGAUUGUCAACCCACAAAUCCGUCAGAAGAAGCGCACAAUCUUCAAAAGUCAUAUGAAGUAUGGGAAAAGACGUUAGAGAUGAUCGACCUUCCUUUGGAUUCUGUGGAGAGGCUUCUAGGGGGCGAAGAAGUUAAAUGUCGUUAUGGACAAGAACAAGAACAACAGUGACACAACCAUAACACAAGUAUUUCCACAUGCUCUCUUACUGUUUAUAGGGGAAAACUCAUAAUUUUUUCAACUAGAUUGAUAUUCUGUGAUCUGCUAGUGUGUGUUUGUAGGGGGGAAUUUUCCAAAUUCAAAAAGUUUAUGUACAUUAGUUUUUUGCUCUAUUAAGAGUAAGAAUAAAACUAGCACCAUGUCCUAAAGAAGUAAGAGGGUUUUAUCUUACAAUGGUUGUUUUCAA